UCUCUUCUCUCUUUAUCCAACAAAAUGUAUUUUCCAUUGAUGUCCUCUCAACGUCCCACUCUCUGAGCUUCACUUCAAAACUCACUCACUGUUACGAGCUAGGGUAUCUGAAACCGGAGAUGAAACCAGCUCGCCGGCCCCGGAGGUGCGAUCCGUCUUCCAAGCUGAUCUUGCAAGAGGUCAUCGGAUUUACAGCGAAGAAUGCCAACGGACUGGCAUCGGAUGCUUCCAGCGAGAAGUGCGUCUAUGUCGCGGGAUGUGUGGCGGUGGUUUACGACGCCGUGUUGGGAGCUCAAUCGCACCUUGUGGUGUCUCACAGGGCGCCUAAGCCGCUGAGCUGUGUUGCUGUUUCACGCGAUGGGCGUUUUGUGGCGGCUGGGGAAUCAGGGAAUCAACCUUCGGUGCUAGUCUGGGACUCUGCCAAUCCGACACUUGUAUCUGAAUUGAAAGGUCAUCUUUAUGGAGUUGCUUGCAUCGCUUUCUCCCCUGAUGGAAAACAUCUUGUUUCUGUUGGGGGAUACAUCUACCUGUGGGACUGGCAAGGUGCACAGCUGGUCACGAAGCUUAAAGCGAGCUCGUCUUGUUCAUCUAUUACGUCAGUCACAUUUUCCCUGGAUGCAAAGCAUAUUGUAACUGCAGGAAGUAAACACUUGAAGUUGUGGUCUCUCGGAUUUUCUCCCCGAACCCGCUUUAAGAGGGAGAUGGAUACUGUGGUAAUGCAAGGAAAGCCUAUUAAUCCUGGUCCUGAGAAAGGAAAUUCAUUUGUAGCAGUUGCAUCUCCCUUCCCAAUUGGUCAUCAACUUGUACAUGUCUAUGCACUGACUGAAGCAGGUACUUUGUGUGUCGUUCAAUCAGGGUCAAUAAUAAAGUCACUGGAUUUGAAGGUCGAGAAAGGUUUUGCUCUAUCAGUAUCAGAAGAGCUAGUCGCUUGUGCAUGCAGUAGUGGAUUAGUAAAACUUGUCUCUGUUGGCCAACUUGAAUGUGCUGGAGUUUUAUCGUAUCCAACAGGCAAACAGUGUCAGUCCCAUAGAGAUGAUGCCUGCACCAAUUCCUAUGAAAAAAAAUUUCGGCACAGAGCAGGUCUGCCAGAUGCUGUAGCUUGUCAGUUCUUGACGUCCAAGAAGAUUGCGGUUGUUUAUGGAGAUCACAGCCUCUAUAUAUGGGACAUUCAUGAUGUUGAUAAGGCCACAAGAUGCUGCAUGCUAGUUUCACAUACUACAAGCAUAUGGGAUAUCAAGAACCUCUGCUGUGAGAAUUUGCAUAAUCCUGCUGUUGCCUGCACAGCUAGAGGCUGUUCUGGUGGUAUUUCUUUUGCAACAUGCUCGGCUGAUGGCACAAUCAGAUUAUGGGAUUUCGUAUCUCAUCCCGAGUUGUCCACUGAUACUGCCUAUUGCCAGUCAGCGGGUUCAAAACUAGUCGGCAAAUCAAAUCUGGUGAGUUCUGGGAUUUUUGAGCGUGACACAAUUGAGCCGGGCACUCUCAAUGGAUUUCGUUCAUUAGCAGUAAGUUCAGAUGGAGAGUUCCUUGCUGCCGGGGAUUCCAAUGGAAACCUCCACAUCUAUAGCCUACAAUCUUCUGACUACUUGUGUCUGGAGGGGGCUCAUGAUGCUGAAAUCCUCUCUUUGGACUUCAACUUGUUCAACAAAAAAGAUACUGUUUCUAGAGUAAACGAUGGUAAUCAUUUGCUUACUUCUGGGGGACGUGACCGGGUCAUCCACGUCUAUGAUGUCAAAAGGAACUUUGAACUUGUUCAAAGCAUAGUUGAUCAUUCUGCUGCUGUUACCUCUGUCAAACUCACUGCUGAUGGCCAUAAGCUCGUGAGCUGCAGUGCUGACAGAUCUCUUGUUGUCCGUGAUGUUUUCCUGACCAAAGGCAAUUAUAGCACUUCACGUUGUCAUCAUCAGAUUGCUUCUAGUGGAACUGUUUAUGACAUGGUCCUAGAUCCAUCAAUGGAUGUUGCUGUCACGGUUGGGCAGGAUAAAAAGAUAAAUGUAUUUGACAUAGCUUCCGGGCAGUUGAUGAGAUCCUUCAAGCCAAACAAAGAUUAUGGAGAUCCAAUCAAGGUUACCAUGGAUCCAAGUUGCAGUUACCUGGUCUGUUCCUACUCUAACAAGUCUAUAUGCAUGUAUGAUUUCGUCAGUGGAGAGAUGGUUACUCAAGCAAUGGGUCAUGGUGAAGUUAUAACUGGUGUCAUCUUCUUACCUGACUGCAGGCACAUCGUAUCAGUGGGUGGAGAUGGUUGCAUAUUUGUGUGGAAACUACCCACUCAUCUUUCUUCCCGAAUGUUGCAAGCAAUAACAGAAAAGUCUGAUCCGCUGGCUCCAGGGAGUCUGGACAAGCCAGAAACUUUUACUCGGAUAGUUGAGUUUGAAGAUGAGCAACUUGGUAUGAAUACUGGAGAGAUGCUUCUAUGUAAUUUCAGUCGAACCAGAGGAAUGUUUUGCCUAGAAGAGGGUGGUCAAGGGAAUUCAAAUUUCAAGUUUCGAAUUUCGCUAUUACCAAAAUGGGCACAGGCCAAAGUGGACACUCAAAGUUCUGAUGUUCCUUCUCAGGAUAUUCAAACUCCACAUAAAAGUUAUCCUGGAGAGAGUGCUGGUUCAUGUCUUACAGAUGAAUCAGGAAACUCUGAUCUCGAAAGCUAUGAAAUUUCUCCAUUGAGUCAAAGCAACAGCAAUGGCUUCAUUGCAGAAAACCAUUGGUUGACUGUCUAUACUGUAUUCACGGACUUACACAACUCCCCACCAGCAUGGGGCCCCAAGAAUGAAAAGACUCCAGUGUCUUCACAAUCUAAAAAAUUUAUAGGGAGACGAGAUUGCAAUGGAUAUCCUCAGGGUCAUGGGCUCACACCUUGGGAGCGCUCUCUUGCUUAUGAUUAUAAGCUUCAUCAAAGGAGCAUAUGCGAAGUGCAGGAAAAUGCCUUCACUUCCCUGGAUAUGAGUAAAGAGUAUGGUAUCUUUGAUGGCUUAGUCCAUGACCACGCGGCAGAGAAGUUGCAUGCAGAUCAAAUGGAAAAUGAAUUGCAGGAAAGAGCUGAUGUCCAUACAACCUGCACAAAACUUGAAGAGACUGAAUUGUUCAAAGAGCACUUUGGGAACUUAUCGGCAGCUCAUAAGAUAGAGAGACAGGAAUCAUCAGCAAGGAAAAGAUAUUCUUCACGCUUUUUCGUUCGAAGAAACUAUAUUGGAGAUUGGAAGAAAUUUGUCGGCUCGCCUGGUCAAAACUUUGGUCACAAAAACUUGUACUGCCCCAAGGAAUCGAAGAACCUGCCCAGCUACCCUAUUUUGGAGGAUUCAGCAGUAAAGGUUACAAAAAAUCUGGAAACAGCUGAAUCUUAUGACCAGCCUUUGGAGAACCCAAUGGCGAACCUAAUGGACGUAUCUUCCCGAGAAGGGGAAGUGCAGGAGAAAAUCAAGAAGUGCAGCGAAGCAUUGCUCAGCCUAGAAAAUGCUGCUGAGGCUACAUCCCGAUUGUUUUCCGAACUACUGGCGGUGGUAUCACAAGAUGAGUUUUCAAGUGGACCCUCAUCUCGACUAUUCAACAAUGCAGCAGAUUGUCUUCCAUCAAUUGUGGAAAAGGUUAACGAGCUCGCAACUUUGGUACGAGCUAAUGGCGAGAAUGCCUAUGGGAGGCCCCAUGCAAAGGCUUCUGUAGUCUCCAAACAAUAGAUAGGAUAUUAGAGUCGGUAGUCUUAGGCUUCUGUAGUCUCCGAACCAUAGAUAGGAUGUCACAGGCUGUAGGCUUUCUCGAAUAAAUUGGUCUGAUACAUAUGAAGAGAAAAUGCAUUGGGAUAAUAAAAAGAAAUCAAUUCACAGAAUUUUGCUUGUUUAAUCUCAUUACUUGCACGUUAAUGUUCCGAUGAUUGCAGGGAAUCGGGACUUGUAGUUUGAUCAUCCUCUUCACCGAAAAACAAUCGAUACCAUUGAGUUGAGAUAGUGAA